AUGGGACCAGCAGCAGCUUCGGAUCUCUUGGCAGCAUCUGGGGGAGGUGCUACCUGGCCCGAGUCCUGCUGGCCCAUACCUCACGUUCCAUUCUCCAGCCCCAAGGUGUUCGCCAAUCCGCGUUUCCUGGUGCUGGCAUUCGCCAUGGAGCAGACAAGCAACGCCAGGUCGCAUUUGCUGGAAGCUGCACGGCUUGCAAGGCUGACGGGGCGAGUGCUGGUGCUGCCGCACGUGGGCAGCAGCCGCCUCUCAGUGGGGCGACAGCACCCCCUCUGCUCCUACUGGGACCUCUCCCGCCUCACUCACUCCUACCCUCAUUCCUCCUCCUACUCCUACUCCUCCCCUCACUCCUCCAACUCCUCCUCUCACAACUCCUCUCACUCCUCUCAAAACAAUUCCUCCUCGCUCCCUCCGUCCUCGCUCCCUCCCUCCUCGCCCCUCCUCUUCCCCCUCCCAUCGCACCUCCCUGUGGAUUGGGUAUCGCCUGACCUCUUCCUCCUCCUCGCCCGCUCCUCCCUCCGACCCACCCCCUCUGUUGGCUUCAUGUGUGUCGAAACACCCUCGCUCAACCGACCCUGCUUCGACUUCGGGGAGGUAGCAUCUGGCCUGGGUGCCAUUCUCACCUAUUCCCUUGGCCAUCUGCCCACGCGUGCCAACACUCAAGUCAUCACAGUCCGCAAAGCCUCUAGGUUCCUCAAAGCCUUCCAGAAGUGGCAGCACACAGACGUGGUGGUGUGGGUGAAAACGACCUACAAGAGGAUGGCUAUCCGUCCGCCCACCUCUCUCCUCGCGCCCGUCCUGCUGCCCUACCACCCACGCUGGCACACCCUUGCUCGCUCCAUCGCUGCUGCCCUCCCCCGCCCGUUCAUUGCACUCCACUUCCGAUCUGAAUACAUCGCAUGGCUCGUGGGAGGGAAGCUGCAGCAGGAGCAGAAGAUAGGCAAGCAGAUGCACUGGUGCGUGGCAGAGGCAGCGAGAACCGUGCACCAGGUGCAACAGCAGCUCUCAAAAGGGAUGGAGGGUACGCUGGCGAAGGGGAGCUUUGAGGCGCCUCCAAAGGCAGAGGCAGCAAGGACCGUGCACCAGGUGCAGCAGCAGCUCUCAAAAGGGAUGGAGGGUACGCCAGCCAAGGGGAGCAAUGCCUCCAGUGGUGAUUCACCUUCCCAUCACUCCAGAUCAGGAGUGUCUGGUCAAGUGAGAAGAAACACGUCAAUGCACGCUUCAUUGGGAACUUCCCAAAGCAGCAGCAGUCCAUCAGUGUUCAUUAGCGCAGAUAUUGCCUUUGGAGCUGCUGCUGCUGCUGCUGCUGCUGCUGCUGCUGCUGCUGCUGCUGCUGCUGCUGCUGCUGCUGCUGCUGCUUCCGCCGCUGCUCCUGCUGAUGCUGCUUCUCCUGCAGAGGAAGUAUGGCCGGUGCGGUCGGAGUCGUGGGGCGUGAUGGUGGAGAAGUAUGGGCGCGAGCAGACCAUUGAGGCAACUUCUGAGACGUCUCAAAAGUUGUCUAAAUCUGAGGCGUCUCCGAAAGCAGACGAGGAGUGGCCUGCGCGCUCAGGGCGCUUGUCGAUGGUGGCGGGGAUGCCUAUAAAGGGGAUGGAGACAUAG